AUGGCAGCCAAAGAAAUGAUCAGGCACGGCUACAAACCUGGGAAAGGGCUUGGGAAAUCGUUGCAAGGAAUAGCUGAACCUAUUACUCUGACCGCUAGUGAAAAAACAUUUGUCAAGCCGAAAUAUAAUGAGGAAGAGGAAGAUAAGGCCUUUACGACCGAAGAAAUCGAAGAAAUCUAUGGGGCCAUGAGGAAGAUACUGUAUGAAGCCCGUAUGGUUCAACCAGGGGAGGGCUCAAGCACCGCUGAGGCAUUAGCAGAUCACUUGGCUGAAAACCUAGUUGAUGAUGAAUACCAACCUUUAAACACCUACUUCCCUGAUGAAGAGGUGAAUUCAGUUGAGGCAAUAUCCGAGGACACCAAUUCUUGGAAAAUGUUUUUUGAUGGAGCGGUAAAUGCAAAAGGCGUUGGAAUUGGGGCAAUUUUGAUCUCACCCACUGGUCAACAUCAUCCAGCCACAGCCAGGCUUCGGUUUUUCUGCACAAACAACACUGCCGAGUAUGAAGCUUGCAUUAUGAGUAUGAACAUGGCAACCGACCAAGAUGUCAAAGAACUGUUAAUCAUGGGAGACUCAGAUUUGAUUAUCCGACAUGCUCAAGGAGAAUGGGAAACCCGAGAUGUCAAGCUUAUUCCUUAUAAGAAACAUGUGGAAGAACUUGGUAAGCAUUUCAAGUCGAUAGAGUUCAGGUACAUCCCUCAUUGCCAAAAUGAACUAGCUGAUGCACUAGCCACUUUGGCCUCGAUGUUGCUAUACCCAGGCAAUGCCCACAUUGAUCCUUUGGAAAUCUAA